GGAGGUGGUUAAUCCAAGCGGCCACUCGCUGCCCGUUCUUGCCCCCAAAGAUGAGGGAAACCCACACGUUUACAGCGCCGCUGCAUCCCGGAUGAGCAAUGGGGUCGCAAUUCUCGUUUCCGUGAUCGGGCUGCCAGGCCCCAGGUGAGGAACUGAGUUCAUCACCAGAGCGGCCUUCCCAUGGGAACCAGUUCCAGGCCGCCAGUAGCCCCGGUUUCCAUCCGAUCUGCGCCUGCGCGCGGUCCAAGUGCUCUUUGGGCUUAGUGCUAAGAGAUUAGUCCAGUUCGCCGCUGUGCGCACUGCGCAUGCUCCAGUUCCAUCCUUCCCUUCCCCCACCACCCCGCCCUCCGGGAGCCACGCCCAAAAAGUCAAGGCGCCUCAGUUACCAACCGGCUACGUCGCGCCUGCGCUUUGACCCCCAGUUUGCGCCCCAACUCCGGUCGUGCGACCGCACGGGGUGGGCUCUGCAGUUGCGCAGCUUGCUCCCCGGCCCUUUUCCCCUCCGCUCCCCGCCGUCUCCUGACGCCGGGCGUGACGUCACCACGCCCGGCGGCCGCCAUUACAGAGAGCCGAGCUCCGGAGGCUCAGCGAGCGGAGGAGGAGGCUCAGCGGCCGACGGCCGAGUACUGCGGUGAGAGCCAGCGGGCCAGCGCCAGCCUCAAAAGCCGCCAGAAGUACAGGAAGAACCGGCGGCGGGGUGUGCGUGUGGCCCGUGUGCGGGCGGCGGCGCGGGAGCAGCGCGGAGCGGCAGCCGGCUGGGGCGGGUGGCAUCAUGGACGAGAAGGUGUUCACCAAGGAGCUGGACCAGUGGAUCGAGCAGCUGAACGAGUGCAAGCAGCUGUCCGAGUCCCAGGUCAAGAGCCUCUGCGAGAAGGCUAAAGAAAUCCUGACAAAAGAAUCCAACGUGCAAGAGGUUCGAUGUCCAGUCACUGUCUGUGGAGAUGUGCAUGGGCAAUUUCAUGAUCUCAUGGAACUGUUUAGAAUUGGUGGCAAAUCACCAGAUACAAAUUACUUGUUUAUGGGAGAUUAUGUUGACAGAGGAUAUUAUUCAGUUGAAACAGUUACACUGCUUGUAGCUCUUAAGGUUCGUUACCGUGAACGCAUCACCAUUCUUCGAGGGAAUCAUGAGAGCAGACAGAUCACACAAGUUUAUGGUUUCUAUGAUGAGUGUUUAAGAAAAUAUGGAAAUGCAAAUGUAUGGAAAUAUUUUACAGAUCUUUUUGACUAUCUUCCUCUCACUGCCUUGGUGGAUGGGCAGAUCUUCUGUCUACAUGGUGGUCUCUCGCCAUCUAUAGAUACACUGGAUCAUAUCAGAGCACUUGAUCGCCUACAGGAAGUUCCCCAUGAGGGUCCAAUGUGUGACUUGCUGUGGUCAGAUCCAGAUGACCGUGGUGGUUGGGGAAUAUCUCCUCGAGGAGCUGGUUACACCUUUGGGCAAGAUAUUUCAGAGACAUUUAAUCAUGCCAAUGGCCUCACGUUGGUGUCAAGAGCUCACCAGCUAGUGAUGGAGGGAUAUAACUGGUGCCAUGACCGGAAUGUAGUAACGAUUUUCAGUGCUCCAAACUAUUGUUAUCGUUGUGGUAACCAAGCUGCAAUCAUGGAACUUGACGAUACUCUAAAAUACUCUUUCUUGCAGUUUGACCCAGCGCCUCGUAGAGGCGAGCCCCAUGUUACUCGUCGCACCCCAGACUACUUCCUGUAAUGAAAUUUUAAACUUGUACAGUAUUGCCAUGAACCAUAUAUCGACGUAAUGGAAAUGGGAAGAGCAACAGUAACUCCAAAGUGUCAGAAAAUAGUUAACAUUCAAAAAACUUGUUUUCACAUGGACCAAAAGAUGUGCCAUAUAAAAAUACAAAGCCUCUUGUCAUCAACAGCCGUGACCACUUUAGAAUGAACCAGUUCAUUGCAUGCUGAAGCGACAUUGUUGGUCAAGAAACCAGUUUCUGGCAUAGCGCUAUUUGUAGUUACUUUUGCUUUCUCUGAGAGACUGCAGAUAAUAAGAUGUAAACAUUAACACCUCGUGAAUACAAUUUAACUUCCAUUUAGCUAUAGCUUUACUCAGCAUGACUGUAGAUAAGGAUAGCAGCAAACAAUUAUUGGAGCUUAAUGAACAUUUUUAAAAAUAAGUACCAAGGCCUCCCUUCUACUUGUGAGUUUUGAAAUCGUUCUUUUUAUUUUCAGGGAUACCGUUUAAUUUAAUUAUAUGAUUUGUCUGCACUCAGUUUAUUCCCUACUCAAAUCUCAGCCCCAUGUUGUCCUUUGUUAUUGUCAGAACCUGGUGAGUUGUUUUGAACAGAACUGUUUUUCCCCCUUCCUGUAAGACGAUGUGACUGCACAAGAGCACUGCAGUGUUUUUCAUAAUAAACUUGUGAACUAAGAACUGAGAAGGUCAAAUUUUAAUUGUAUCAAUGGGCAAGACUGGUGCUGUUUAUUAAAAAAGUUAAAUCAAUUGAAUAAAUUUUAGAAUUUGUAGACUUGUAGGUAAAAUAAAAAUCAAGGGCACUACAUAACCUCUGGUAACUCCUUGACAUUCUUCAGAUUAACUUCAGGAUUUAUUUGUAUUUCACAUAUUACAAUUUGUCACAUUGUUGGUGUGCACUUUGUGGGUUCUUCCUGCAUAUUAACUUGUUUGUAAGAAAGGAAAUCUGUGCUGCUUCAGUAAGACUUAAUUGUAAAACCAUAUAACUUGAGAUUUAAGUCUUUGGGUUUUGUUUUAAUAAAACAGCAUGUUUUCAGGUAGAGCUUAA